UUAUUAGCUGAAAAGCUUUCCAUUAAGUUUUCUUUUCCUUUCUUCCAAACACACCAAACAUUUUUGUCAAAUGCACAACUUCUCAAAAGAGGGAUAUCUGAUUUCAGUUUCUGCUUAGUCCUUACCACAACUAAGCAUCUAGAGAGAGAGAGAGAGAGAGAGAAUCAGUUUCCAUGUCUGACUUAGAAUUUUUUCUCAUUCUCCUUCCACCAAUCUUAGCUCUAUUUUUUAUCUUCAAUGUCUUUAAGACAAAGCAAAACACUCUUAAUCUUCCACCAGGCAACAUGGGUUGGCCUUUUAUUGGUGAAACCAUAGGCUAUUUGAAGCCUUACUCAGCUACCACAAUUGGAGAAUUCAUGGAGCAACACAUAUCAAGGUUUGGGAAAAUUUACAAGUCCCAUUUGUUCGGAGAGCCAACGAUCGUCUCUGCAGAUGCUGGAUUGAAUAAAUUCAUAUUGCAAAAUGAAGGGAGGUUGUUUGAGUGUAGCUACCCAAGAAGCAUUGGAGGAAUCCUUGGAAAAUGGUCAAUGUUGGUUUUGGUUGGAGACAUGCAUAGAGAUAUGAGGAUAAUCUCUCUCAACUUCUUGAGCAAUGCUAGGCUCAAGACACAUCUGUUGCCUGAGGUUGAGAAGCAAACCUUGCUUGUACUAAGCUCUUGGGAGGACAAUUCUGCAUUUUGUGCUCAAGAUGAAGCAAAGAAGUUUACUUUCAAUUUAAUGGCCAAACAUAUCAUGAGCCUGGAUCCUGGAAAGCAAGAGACAGAAGAGCUGAAGAAAGAGUACAUUACUUUCAUGAAAGGAGUUGUAUCUCCUCCUUUGAACUUGCCUGGAACACCAUACAGAAAAGCCUUGAAGUCUCGAUCAACAAUCCUUAAAUUCAUAGAGGAAAAAAUGGAAGAGAGGAUGGAGAAGAUGGGAGAAAAAACAGAGAAUUUGGAGGAUGAUGAUCUUUUGGGAUGGGCAUUGAAGCAUUCAAACCUUUCAAAGGAGCAAAUUUUGGACUUGGUACUGAGCUUGCUGUUUGCAGGCCAUGAGACUUCUUCUGUUUCCAUAGCUUUAGCCAUAUAUUUCUUGCAAGACUCUCCCAAUGUUGUUCAACAGUUGACCGAAGAGCACAUGGAAAUUGUCAAAGCCAAGAAACAAGCAGGAGAGACAGAAUUGAAUUGGGAUGACUACAAAAAGAUGGAAUUCACUCAAUGCGUUAUUAACGAGACUCUAAGGUUCGGUAAUGUUGUGAGGUUUCUUCACAGAAAGGCUAUCAAAGAUGUUCACUAUAAAGGGUAUGACAUUCCAAAUGGGUGGAAAGUGCUUCCGGUCGUUUCAGCCGUGCAUUUGGAUCCUUCACAUUUUGACCAACCUUAUCAUUUCGAUCCGUGGAGAUGGCAGAAUAUUCGUGGAUCAUCAUCAUCAUGUUCUUCUUCAUGGUUGGCCACGUCAACAAUGAGUAAUAAUACAUUCAUGCCCUUUGGGGGAGGACCACGGCUCUGUGCCGGCUCCGAAUUAGCCAAGCUAGAGAUGGCUGUAUUCAUUCACCAUCUAGUCCUCAACUUCAGCUGGAAGCUAGCCGAUACAGACCAAGCUCUUGCUUUCCCAUUUGUCGAUUUUCCCAAAGGCCUCCCCAUCAGAGUCCAUCGCCACACAUUCAUCAUCUAGAAACCAACAUCCCUAUGCAUGUGAUGUGGAUAAAAUUUUAAAAAAAUAAAAAAUAAAAUGGUAAAUUAUUAUUUUUUUAGUAUUUAAUUUUUAAUUUGUAUUAAUUGUAUCUAUAAAUUUUACACAUUAAUUUAAUUCAGUCUCAUUUCUCAACUUUUGGUUAAAGAUUAAUAGACGAAGAAUGCUUAUGUCGGCCACCGUAUAUCAUACAUUUGAAGGGAAUUGGGAAAAUUUUAUCUCAUUUCACAACCUAGAAGAAUUGGGAUGCAAUCUCUCUCAAAUAUUCAAAAAUCUUGUUUGGUUUGGUUCUCGUAAUUAACCUUUCAAUAAAAAAAUAUUUGUCAUUUUCAUAUGAUUUUAUCUAGUUUGGGGUAGAAAUAUUAUUUGAAAAUUCAUAAAUAUCUUUUUAUAUUUAUUUUUCUCUUUCUAAGAAUUUAAAUAAAUACAGAAAAAACAAGUUUUGAAAAUGAAACCAUAUAAUACUACGAUUUACUGUAUUAAAAUCGAAAAAUGACUAAGAGCCAAAUACAUAGCGUGUUUGACUUGGCUCUUUUACGGAUACUAUUUAGCAUAAAUAAACAAGUUAAAAUGUCUUUCAUUCCUUUCAAUACUUGAUGUGAGGUUGAUAUUGACAUUUUCAAUUAUUUUUACAACGACAGUUAGAGAUGAGAUUACAAUGGAUUAAUGCGUGAAGUUGAAGGAUACAUUUGAUAAAAAUUAGAUAUUAAUUAAGGACCAAAAUGCACAUUUUACCAUUUGUAUAAUUUUUCCCAAAUUUUUUAAAAAAAUAAUUGGAAAGGGACCUCCAUCUAAUCCUCAACUCAACCUCACAUGUGCAUGCAUGCAGGUUUGAUAUAUAGGAACAGAAAGGAACAAAUGCCUACUUGUAGUCUACCACAUUGAAAGAUUAGUUGUUUUUUUUGGAUUUUUCCAACAGCAAUAGAGAGUGGCUAGUGAGAGUUCAUUUGUCUUUGUUUAUUAUUAUCUCUAUAUAGAUCACAUGAACAGAUUGAGGGAAAGACAAGGAAUUCAUGAAGAACAAAGAUACUAUUAGGACCACAAUUCAAUUUUUGUCAAGCCCUCUCUUUAAUAUUUGUCUCUCCUCUCCUUUGGCCCUUCAAUAAGGUUUUGGCAGCGAUUAUUCAUUUUUAUGUGAUAUGAUUUUGAUUUUCAGACAUAUUGUAAUUCAAGUUUUCAUGAUUAUUGUUUUC